AUGCAAGUAGAAUUCAGAUGUGCUAGGAGUAGAAAGAAGCAAAAUGCAUACAUACUUACCACCAAGUGCAGCCAGAGUGAAGAACUGCUAUCUGAAGAAGCAAGCAGCAACAAGGCUGAUCUACUUUAUUUUAUCCUUCACUUCGCCACAGUUUCGGCUCAGCAAGAGGAUCGCAACUGGGAGAAGCAAUGGUGCAUAGCGGAUGAGCAAACACCAGAUGAUAUCCUACAGAUUGCUCUUAGCUGGGCAUGUGGUCCUGGAGGUGCAGAUUGUACGAUGAUUGAGCCUAACAAAUCGUGUUACCUUCCCAAUACAGUCAGGGACCAUGCAUCUUAUGCCUUCAACAGCUACUGGCAAAAAUACAAGAAACAUGCUGGUUCUUGCUACUUCAAUGCAGCUGCAAUGGUCACCGACCUAAAUCCAAGUCGUAACUCAUGUAACUUUGAAGUAGUGCCCUGAUAUAACGGUGGGCGAAGCACUGGAAGACGCAUGCAUUCCUGGUUUUCUUCCACUGGUCCUUCAGGAAAAGAAUGGAAAAAAUGUUCGACACAUUUUUCGUCUUUGUGGAGGGGAUGUCAUUACUCGAAUCAGGAGGGCAAUGCCUAACAUUGAUCCAUACUUCAAAAUGUUUCAACUCUGUGUCUCAUCUGUAAUUUCAAUUUUAGUCAUGU